AUGGCAGAGGUACUAUUGGAGCUCUCAAAAUGUCGUUUCCCAGCCAUUGGUGCCCUUGUUGAAAGUGAGUCAGGAGAAGGUUGGCAUAUUGGCAGCCGCCCUAUCACAUUCAAUAUGAAUGAGAUUGUCGCCCGUGGAAAUUUCCCUCCGAAAUUGCUAGCUUCACAAGGCACAUUUGGGACGGCAAAUGAGUAUUUUUCAUCCCUUGCAGAUGACCAUUUGCGUCACCUUGAAACUCAACGCAAUGGGGCUGUUAUCGAUGAGUCCGAUUGCAGAAAGAAAUAUAUUGCACGCUGCCUCUUCCGCAAGAUUGCUGGCCAGUUUUCCACAACCUUCAACCAUGAGCCUUUUAUGUUGCUCUGCGAGGACCUGCGCCCCGCAAACCUACUUGUUGAUCAAGACUUCAAUGUUGCUGGAGUUGUAGACUGGGAAUUUAGCUAUUCUGCACCAGCGGAGUUUUUCCAUUGCACACCAUGGUGGUUACUGCUGGGCCGCCCAGAAACCUGGGAGGCUGGAUUUGAUGAUUUUCUGGCCCAUUAUAUUCCCCGCCAGCAGGUCUUUCUAGAUAUCUUGCAAAACUGUGAAGAGGAAUUGUUUAAAAAUGGAGCGGCCCUUGAUUCACCCCGUCUUUCUGAACACAUGGCUCAGUCGUUGAAGAAUGGUCAAUUCUGGUUCUUCCUUGCAGCAACCUAUGGUUGGACAUUCGAUGAUGUCUACUGGAAGUUUCUGCAUCCAAAGUAUUACGAGACGGAGUCUCUCCACGAGCUGGAGCUCCUGCUGAGUCCCGAGGAACAGCAGAAUAUCGGUACGUUUGUAGUGGAGAAGAUGAACACGUCUAAUGAUGGAAAAUUUAUCUUGCAUGAACCAAUUGAAGCCAUGAUGAAAUGGUAG